AUGUCGGACAAUGUCGUUGCGCGCACCCGCGAAUUCUUCUCCGUCCCUGCCCCGAUAAAACGCAUCUUCGACCGGUUUCCUCUGACCACAUAUCCUCCGAAUGAUCUUCCUGAACGGACAGGGACGAACGCACAGGGCAAUCGGUUGUUUAUAUUCACAGAUGCGACGAAUGCCCGACGUGGGAGACCGUCGUUCAACCCGCAAUGUCUCAAGUGGCAGGCAUAUCUGAAAUUCGUCGGCAUUGACUUCGAGGUCGUACCUUCGAACAACCACGCAUCCCCGACGGGAGCCCUCCCUUUCGUCCUUCCCGCCCUUCCACUGAACACACACGUCCCGAUCCCAGCCAGCAAAGUGCAAAAAUGGGCCAUUGAGCAGGUGCACUGCGAAGAGGAGCAGCAACUGAAUGUCCGGUUUGACGUAUACGCAUCGCUGUUGGAUCACCGGAUACGGAAUGCUUGGUUAUACGCCUUGUACCUAGACCCGGAAAACUUUGACGCUGUCGCAUGGACACUAUACGUUGACCCAGCCACUACCAGCUCGGUGGUCCAGUCCGCUCUAAGCUACCAGCUACGACAAGCCGCGCGCGACGAGCUCCUCAAGUCGUACAAAUACAUCGAUGUCAGUGAUUUGGAAGCAGAGGCAGAUAACGCAUUCGAGGCUCUGUCGACAUUAUUAGGGAACCAGCAAAACUUCUUCGACCGUCCUAAGCCCGGGCUGUUUGAUGCUAGCGUCUUCGCAUACACGCAUCUGAUCUUGGAUGAGGGAAUGGGAUGGAAGCAGGACCGGUUGGGACAAUUGUUGAAGAAGUAUAAGAAUUUGGUGCAGCAUCGGGAGCGAUUGUUAAAAUACUUCUAG